CCUUCCCAAAGCUGAAAGCUGUCUUUGUCUACCUCCGUUUCGUCGGCCUUCUCCUCCUCCGCUGUGAUUGAACCGGCGGCGACGCCUUCCGCUUCCGUAUUGGGUGCCUCCGGGUCUGGGUCCAAGCUCCUCUUCAUUUGUGGCGAAUUUUCUCUUUCCUUCCCUGGAAAGGGUUUCAAAAAGGCAGCAUUUUCUGAUAUAUAUAUUCGAUGCUGUGUGGUGACGUGGCGAGCAUCUAACGGCCAAUGAGUGCGAGUGCGACGUCGAUGAUGAAAAAUCCCCACCGUCGACUUGCAGCCCCCAUGGAUCUGGGCCCACCGAACAAGCGCAAAGAGAGAAAUGGUUUCAACGUUUCUAAGCCGAAGAAGCUCCCCAAACCCGGCUCUCCUUCUCCAUCUCUCAAGCCGCCCCAGCCGGCUCCCAACAAUCAGCUGCUAGCCGGGUACUUGGCUCAUGAGUUCCUCACCAAGGGCACUCUGUUUGGCCAGCCGUUCGAUCCGGCUAGAGCCGAGUCCGUUCCUGUAUCAGCCACCUCGCCAAAGAGGCUUAUUAGCCCGUACAGUUCCAGCCAGGAACCCAAAGCCGAGCCGCGAGAGGAGAAUUACCAACGGUACGUCGAAGUAGCAUAUCUACUCAAGACGGAUCGGGUCCACAUUCCGGGCAUUGUAAACCCGACCCAACUCGAUCGUUUCCUGGAGCAUUGAUGCUGACGUGCACUGGACUGCCUUUUCUUCUCCAACGACGAGAGAGAAAACCUUUUCUUCUCUCUUAUGGACAGCCUUUUUGUAAAAUCGUAUAAUUCUAGUGACCUUUUCGGUAAAUGGCACAAUGUAAUAUAUAUAAAUGGGAAUAUUUUUGUAGUUGAAUAUUAUAUUAAUAUUAGUUUUCCAAGUUUGCCUUGUGUGCUACGGAAGUUUUCUUCUA